ACCUCUCGUGCUAUCAAACUGUAUCUUACUAGAUAGAAUACUAGACGAUAUAAUUAUAAGAUUACGGAACUAAAAAAUGGCGUGGCCUCUGAUUCGAUAAGUUCAAUUACCAAGUCACGAAAAAAAAAAAAAAUUGUUAUUUUCUAGUUACAUAAAGUAGCAAAGUUAUAAUUUAAAUAAAAAAAAAACGCCAACAUACACAAGAGGAGAGCAAGGUUAUGAAAAAUAUUUUGGAGUCAUCAAUAAUAAUAUUAGACGUUAUUGUAACAGCGUAAUAAUAUUUAUUGUCAUAAUGCAUGAAUUUGUGCUGGCUGCAUUUUCUGUAAUCUCAAGUUUAAUAAUUGUUUUUGUCCUCGUGUUGUUGGGUGAGAAUCAACAAAUCCAACUUUUAUUCUAGUUGGUAUCUCGUUUGGAAAUUUUUCCUCUCCCGAUUUCGGUUCGUACGUGAGCUUCUUGGUGGCAUGAGCGAAUCAUCAUCAGUUAACGAUUUAAAAACUGGCCGAUCACGUAUGAAAAAACUUCGACGCGACUAAACAAAACAAAAAAAAAAAAAAAAACAAUUAAAUCAAAUUUAUAAAAUUGUUUUUUUAAAGUAAAUCCAUAUUUUGUAUAAUUAUAUUUUACCUGAACUAUUAUAGUAAUUAUAAAAUAUAUUUUAAUUAAAAUUAAUUUAUAAGUCGAAUUAUAAAUAAUAAUUAAUUAUAAAUAUGGCAAUUAAUAUACGAUGUGCGAAUACAAAUGAUCUUCUCAACAUUCAACACUGCAAUCUUCAAUGUCUACCAGAGAAUUAUCAGAUGAAAUAUUACCUCUACCACGCGUUAUCUUGGCCGCAGUUGAGUUACGUAGCAGAAGACGAGAAAGGCCGAAUCGUCGGCUACGUAUUGGCAAAAAUGGAAGAAGAUUGUGAAGAUAAUCCUCACGGACAUAUCACGAGUCUCGCUGUCAAAAGAUCACACCGGAGACUCGGAAUAGCGCAGAAGCUAAUGAACCAAGCCUCCAGGGCAAUGGUUGAAUGUUUUGAAGCCAAUUAUGUAUCAUUGCACGUAAGACGCAGCAACAGAGCAGCUUUGAAUCUUUAUACGAGCAGUCUGCAAUUUGAGGUGUCCGAGAUAGAGCCGAAAUAUUACGCCGAUGGCGAGGAUGCCUAUGCAAUGAAACGUGAUCUCAGUAGCUUUCAUCAAGAAAAAAAUUCAGCUAAAGAAAAUAUGAUAAAAGAUGCUAAUUCGACACCACAUACACAUACGGGACGGUGCUGUGAUCAUUAAUUCCUUUUUUUAUGAUAAAAGGCUCUUUCAUACCAACAAAUAAAAUAAAAUAAUAAACAAUGAAAGUUGUUUUGAGUUAAAUAUUUAGACCAUUCUCAGACCUUUUUUUAAAAAUUUUCGAUGACAACUGUGAUGAGUAUCGAAAUUUUAUCAAUUACAAAAAAAUUAAGGGCAUUCUCAGACAGUGUCUCCAUUUUUUUUUAAUAUUUUAUGACGACCGUAGUAAAAUUUUGAUAGUUUAUUAAAAAAAAGUUUAAGCACUAAUUGAAAAAAAAAAAAAAAACAACAACGCAGUUAUAAUUCGCGGGCAAAUUUAUGAAAAAAAUUAGUUGUUGUCAAUUAGGAGUUAGAAGAAAUUUUAGCCUACAAAAUUUGAAAAUUUGAAUUAGAAAAUAGACAUGAUUUUACUAAAAUUUAUUUUUGAAAUUUUGUUUAACUUCUGAUUGAUGUCAACUGUAAAUUUUUUUAAAAAUCUGUCUCGGGAAAUUAUCAUUUUUAAAUUAAUGCUUUAAUUUUAUAAUUGUCUUAAUUUUAACACGGUCAUUAUGACUGGGUCAUUGAAUAUUUUAAAAAAGGGGGUACGGUCUGAGAAAAAUAAAUUACAGUUGACAUCAAUUGGGAGUUCAAAAAAUUUUAAAAAUAAAUUUCAGUAAAAUCUUGAUGUCAAUUUUCAAAUUAAAAUUUUAAAAUUUUGUAGGAUAAAGUUUUAUAUCAAAUUUCAUUUGACUUCUAAUUAAUGGCAAUUUAAAUAAACUUUUUUAAAAGUCCUAAUCUCGGCGAAAUAAAAUUUUUUUAAAAUUAAUUAAUAAAAUUUCAAUGCGUUCAUUAAAAAUUUUUAAAAAGUAAGGGCAUCUGAGAACGUCCUUAAGUAUAAAGAGACCAAUGAUUUAUAAUUAAACUCUAAUUAAAACAUUUUUUGUCAUUCAGUAAGUACGAAUGAAUUAAUUGGUAAAUGUAUAUGUAUAUUAUCAUUUCAUUUAUUAUUUUUUUUUCAAUAAAUCUUUGUUUAUCAUCAUA